GACCGGACUGGAUGGGAGGUGGUAGAGAAGCAACCAGGUAGGAAGGUAGGGAGCGAAAGUGAGCGCGUCUCCAAGAAUGGGCAAGAAGGUGCGGUGGUGACCACUCUGCGAAAACGGUGACAGAAAGUUUCGCGGUGGGCGACGAUAGAGUCUGGAGUAUCGCUACUCGAUCGGUCUUCCCUCGAUCGCCUAUCGAUCGUAAAAACAAGGCAGAAAACAAAGCGCGUGCCGGAAUGUGCCGCGCGUUGAGAAAAGCGCGACGAUGAGGUGUAUCGUGAUAUCGUAGCUGGUUGCCAAUCCGCCAGCACGCGCGGAAGGAAAGAGAGAGAGAGAGAGAUUGCGAAGGACGGAAAGGGAAAGAGAGCCGCGUGCCAUGUUACGAACGUGUUGCUGAUGCGAUGCAAGCCAGUGAUUCUCACCUCGCAUCACGAGGUAACGCAUGGAAGAAGAAGGCUGCUCCUGCGCGUUCCUCGACGUGUAUUCAGUGAGCGUGAAGCCGCGGUGACGUAAACGUGUGCCCGCACGAACCGUCCUUCUUCGUCCGCGAACACAUAACGAGGCAGCAUUUCCCAAUUUCGUCGGCGAGAUGACGAGAAAACUCAGCAAGUUCUUGAUACUUUUCGAUAACACGAAUCUACUGUACUUUCCUGGCCACUUCUUGUCCGGCCGUGUUCUCAUAGAGCUGGACGAUGAAGCUUACGUCUCGGGACUUCAUUUCCAUGUUGUGGGAGAAGGUGUAGUCCGGGUACGCAGUCAACGUGCCGAGAGAGUUUACGACAAAGAGAAUUACAUCGAUUUUCGCAUGCGGCUGUUGGGUGAACCAGGCGAAGGACCAUCAUUGCUCUCUCCCGGAAUACAUAGCUUUCCCUUCAAAUUGGGGUUACCAUUAGGUCUACCAUCUACUUUUCUCGGAAAACACGGAUGGGUGCAAUAUUAUUGUAAAGCGGCUCUUCGCGAGCCGGGUGGACUUACUCACAAAAAUCAACAGGUCUUCAUCGUCAUGAAUCCGAUCGACUUAAAUCUGGAACCGCCGAUAUUAGCGCAACCUGCGAGGCAGGAGAUCGAACAGCGCGUGGGUGUCUCUUGCGUGUCGGGUGGUCCUGUAUUCUGCAGAGUGAGUCUGGAUCGGGGUGGAUACGUACCUGGGGAAACAAUUGGUAUUUCUGCGACUGUCAGCAAUCGCAGCAAGGUGACGAUGAAGUCGACCAAGGCGUCACUCACCGAAACGAUACAGUACCUGUGUCGGGGUAAAGUACUCGCCAGCGAGACUCGCGAGCUGGCUAGCGUUUCUAGGGGGAAGAUUCGGCCGGGUGAGGGCGAGGAGUGGCUAAACGAACAAAUGUACGUUCCUCCCUUGCCGCCGACGAAUCUGAGAGGGUGCCACUUGAUCAACGUUCUUUACCACGUUUAUUUCGUCAUAAGCCCGAAGAGUUUGGACAAGGAAAUCAAGUUACAAAUACCGAUCGUGCUGGCCACGUACCCCCUGAGGCCGGAGGGUGCACCAGCUGGUACGGCGCCAUCCAAACGGGGCGCCCAUUACCCAUCGACGCUACCCAUCUUCCGACCUUGGCUCGACGACAAGGCGUUCGAAAUACAAGAGUGAAAGCUUAACAUUACGUAUCUAUUAUUGGAUUAUUACAAAAUUAGUGCCUUUGUAAAAAGGUACUAAUUUUCUAUGAUCAUAGAAAAUUUUAUGACUGCAGCUGCGCCCGUGAGCUUACGAUUAUUCCGCCAAAAAUCCUCACCGAUUCUUGUAUUGCUAGUCACAGCAACGCUCGUAUAAAAUUUCGAAGAAUCGAUGGCGAUCUUUGAAAAUACCGUAUCUGGUGCAAUUAUAUGUAGCUGCUAAAAAAAAAUUUAAUGUGCAUUAAAUCUUACAAAUACUGACAAUACGCUAAUCGCUAAUUGCGUUCAUGAAGAAACAGAUGUAUAAAUUGUAUAAUAUUGUAUAAUAUAAAAUAAUUGAAUAACAUCUUUUACACAAAAUAUGCGGAAAACAAGUAUAAAGAUAGGACGAACUAAAAUACAUUUAUAAGGAAAGAAUAUAUAUGUAUAAAGGAAAAAUCGUUUAA